UUCCUCUGAUUCGUAAAUCUUCGCAGUAUCAGUGGAGUUUGAAGAAUCUGAAAACCCUCACUGAACACUGAUUUCACUGAAACUGAUAUAAAAUGGCCGUUUUUAUCAAAAGACUGAGCAAGGCUGCACCGAUCGCAUUCGGCGGCACCAAUUUCCGCGUGCCUUUUGGGGCUCUUGCCACGAUUUCUGGUGGCUUCUCGUAUUAUUACUACUUUUCGUCGCCAAAUUUGGUUUAUUUAGAUCCGCUCAGUGAAGAUAGUUCUCCAAAAGUUGCACUAAAUCCUGAUAAAUGGAUUGAAUUCAAAUUGCAAGACAAGGCACAGGUCAGCCACAAUUCUCAGUUAUUCAGGUUUUCAUUUGAUCCCACCGCGAAGUUAGGUCUUGAUAUUGCAUCCUGCAUUAUUACGAGGGCACCAGCAGGACGAAAUCCUGAAGGAAAACCCAAAUAUGUUAUUCGUCCUUAUACACCUAUAUCGGAUCCAGAUGCUAAGGGAUACUUUGAUUUAUUAAUUAAGGUGUAUCCAGAAGGUAAAAUGAGUCAGCAUUUUGCCAGCUUAAAACCAGGAGAUGUCGUAGAAGUGAAAGGGCCUAUUGAAAAGCUCAGAUACUGGCCCAAUAUGAAGAAACAUAUUGGCAUGAUUGCAGGAGGCACUGGCAUCACUCCGAUGCUUCAGAUAAUAAAUGCUAUCCUUAAAAACCCUGAUGAUAAUACCCAGGUUACAUUGCUCUAUGCUAAUGUAUCUCCUGAUGACAUACUUCUCAAAAAGAGGCUAGAUGUACUUGCCGCUAAGCACCCGAACUUGAAGGUAUUCUACACUGUUGAUAAUCCAACAAAAGAUUGGCAAGGAGGCACGGGUUACAUAUCAAAUGACAUGGUUAAGAAAGGAUUGCCUGGCCCUGGUGACGAUACACUUAUUCUUGUUUGUGGUCCUCCUGGAAUGAUGAAACAUAUAUCCGGUGACAAGGCUGAAGAUUAUUCACAAGGAGAGUUGACUGGCUUACUCAAGGAGCUCGGAUAUACAGAAAACAUGGUAUACAAAUUUUAACUCAAUGAAUCAAUGUGUUGCACAGGCACUCAUGCUCCAUUGUUUCUGAGUAAUAAUACUAGUACACGGAGUAAUAAUUUCUGCAGGAAACAUCAUAUUUUGAUACUCACUGUAUGAAUCUAUUAUGACAAAAGUUUACAAUCUGGUUUCCCUACUUUUACUUGAAGGGAAGGGAUAUCUAUUUAAUUUGAUCGAUUGUAUACAGCCCGCGUUAGCAACUGAACCGAGGAAAGUAUAUAGAAAAGAUGGUUCUUUUUC